AUGUCUUAUAGAUUCAUAAGAACUUCAAAAUAUAGACAUGUCUUUGGUACUGAAUUUAAAAAUGACCAACAAUACAGUGGAACUAAAAUGACUAAUUCUGCUUGGGACUCUAAUAUAAUAGUUUGUGGAUAUAAACAUUUUUCAAUGAUUUGGGAUGUGGCUGGAGGAGGAGCUUUUGCUGUUAUUCCUUACACUAGAAUUGGAAAACAAUGUGGUAUUUGCCUUGUUAGUGGACAUAAAGGAACAGUUCUUAAUCUUGAUUAUAACCCUUUUAAUGAUGAUUUAAUAGCUUCAGUAUCUGAAGAUAGUAUUAUACGUAUUUGGGGAAUACCACAAGAAUGUCCAGCAGAAAAUAUUCGUGAACCUCUUCAAAUUCUUCAAGGACAUAAGAGAAAAGUAGGAACAUGUAAUUUUAAUCCAUGUGCAUCAAACGUUUUAGUAACUUCAUCGGCUGAUACUACUAUUAAAAUUUGGGAUAUUGAACAAGGUGAAGAAAU